UCUUCAUAUGGGUAGAUCUUUCUUUAGAGAGUGUCCCAGUGUUCCAAAGUGUCAGAGGUGCUGCCACCACGGAGCCAUGAAAAUCAUCACUGUUCUUCUCCUCCUGAGCUUCUGCUGCCCUAUCUCAGAUGCUCUGAAGUGCUAUGUGUGCAGCUCCACCACAACCAAUGACGCAUGCAACCAGUCAUCCCAAACCUGCCAGGCACCCCUUGAUACCUGCAUGACCACUGUGGACACAUUUGGCCAAAUAAAGGCCAUAGGGAAGUUUUGCGCCAGUGCAAGGACCUGCAAAGGAGCAGCGUCAGGGGCCUCAGUGGAUGUGAAUGGCAAUGGGAACCAAGUCACCUGCUGCUCCAGUAACCUUUGUAACAUCAACGGAGUGACUGGUGUUGGGCUAAGCACACUACUGACUCUGGCUGUGUGUUGUAGCCAUGCUGUGCUCAACAUUCUCUGGCUGCUCUGAGAAUUAAUGGAUGACCUCAUAGCAUGGGGGAAUUCAGGCAUAGCCUGCCUCCAGCACAAUAGGCAACAAUUUCACUUAAUAUUUACAGUACAUUUUAUUUACCAAACUAAUACAGAGCUCAUAUAUAUUGUUUGUAUUUAUAUUGAAUUAAUGUGACAAUGUUGUGCGGUAAUAAAAGGUAUGCAUUGUAUUUAUAUGGCUUUGGCUGUGAUGUUUUGUAUUGUGUUAAAUAACUGUGGUAAAUAGUUUGGCCCUAUGUGAAGAGAAUAAACAAAGAUUAAUCUUUGGUAAAAACAAGUAAACUGGUUUUAUGUUUGCUCUACAACUGGUAUACAUUAGCAUUGACUCCUCCCAUAGAAGUGACGUUUAACAACAUAUAAACAUAUGUCCCGCCCUUUUUCAUUCCCUUUCCGCUAAAAUCUAAGUAGUAAGUCAACGUGCUUAAGGUGCUCGGUUCUUCUUUUGAAGCUAAGGCCCUGAAUCCGGCGACUAGCACAACUAAAAUUAGGCAUCCGACGCCCAAA